AUGUAUGAUUUAGUGGAUAAUCCUCGAGUCCUUAUUAAUACUAUGAAUAAUUUGAAUGGAUAUCCAAUUGCUGUAAGCACGUUCACAAGAAUUCCGACGAAUAUGCCUUAUGCGACCGCUAAUAAUGGUUACGAUUGUUCUUAUGGGAAUUUAAUCUUCGGUGGAUUGGACGGAUGCGUUAUGAAGUACAUGUCUAAAAUUUUGAAUUUUGAAUUGAACAUUGUCGAACCUUUAGACAAGGAAAAGUUUGGAUACAAAGCUCCUAAUGGUACGUUCUUGGGGAGUUUGGGGGACAUCGUGUAUCGAAGGGCCCAAAUAACUGGGAACAGCCGAUUCUUGGAGGUUUUCGAUAGGGAACAAUACGAAUACACGUUGCCCAUAAAAAAUGAUCAGAUAUGUUUUGUGGUGCCGAAGGCCGAUCGAAUUCCGCCGUACGCAUCACUAUUUAAUUGUUUCUCUUCGGAUACUUGGACUGCCCUUCUGAUAGUGAUGUGCUCUAUGUGUGUGCUGUAUUAUUUUAGCGCACAAAUUAGUUUUCAUCUACUGCUAAGGACGAAAAUGUGUCCUUUUAAAGACACAAUUAAUAUAAUAGGCCUAUUCCUUAAUGUCCCCAUGCAUAAAUUACCUCAGAUCCAUCACGAGCGGAUGAUCGUAAUCUCCUGUUUGAUGUUCAAUAUAAUUAUUUUGGGGACAUUCCAGGGAUCAUUAUUUACGUCGUUUAGCAGUAUCCUCUAUUACCCAGACAUCAACACGUUGGAAGAUCUAUCGCACUCCAAUUUAUUUAUUGCCACCAGUUUGGAUCCGUUUAACGGGGAUGAGUCUCAAGUUAUAAAAAAGAUAUACAGUAAGCAUAUUGAUUUGUUUGAGAGGGCAUUGACUAGAGCUGCACUGAAACGGGACGUCGCCGCUAUGGAACGCAAAGAAGAUGCUAAUUUCUUUAUUCAGACAGAGUACAUCAGCAGUGACGGUGUACCAUUACUGCACGUUGUUGCUGAAUGCCCGACCUCAAACUUUUUGGCUUACAUCGUUCCGAAACAUUCGCCCUUCUUGCCGCGCUUCAACGUCUUGCUGAGAAGGUUUCUUGAGUCAGGCCUCAUUGAAAAAUGGUACUAUGAUACGGUGGAAGCCACAAUACUGUCCAACAAAUACGCUAAGAAUCAAACCUCCAACAGUCAAGAACCGUUGGAGCUACAAGAUUUACAAUCCGCGUUUUAUUUUUUAUUCGUGGGAGCCGCAUUGGCUACCAUUGCAUUUGUGAUUGAAAUCACAUGCAAACUUUUCAAAUAA